AUGCCAGGAUUUUCUUGCUGUGUUCCAAGGUGCUAUAAUAACAACAAGAAACAUCGUCAUUUAAAGUUUUACAAUUUUCCUAAAGACGAACAACUAAGAAAGAUAUGGAUCGCGAAAAUAAAACGACAAGGGACGAACGGGAAGUUUAGUAUUUUCAAACCAACAACUGGACAUCGCGUUUGCUCGGAACACUUUGUUGGCGGAAUAAAGACGUACACGAACAAUAUUCCAACAGUUUUCUCGUGGAAUAGGGAUGAUGCAAAACCAAACAGGAGGAUUCYUGUGCGAAACCAAUUGCCAUCCACUCCGCCGAGACAGUACGACACAAGCCACUCCAUUUUAAACGACCACUCUUACGCCAUACAUUCAACUAACACGGCUGACUUGKCCAAAACAAUAAAAGAAAAAGAUGAAAUCAUUCACCAGUUACAGUUAAAAGUCGAGCAACUAGAGAGGGAAAUUGAAAAGAAUGAAAAAGAAGCCGAAUUCACUCGGAAAUGUGCAGAUGAUCUGAAAACAAAACUAGCUCAGCUGGAAGAAAGAUUUUGCAACCAAAAAAACGAUCUACAACAAGCACAUAAAGAACUAACAGACAAGACAUUUUCUGUUACAUCACUAAGGGACAAACCCGAUAAGUUCAAGUUUUAUACUGGUUGYAGUCACUCUGAAUUCUUAACACUCUACGAUUUGUUGUCACCGGAUGUUCCUCAUUUAAUAAAUUGGGGAUCAACACCACUAAAGGAGACAGAGGAGGGCAAUAUUAAACGUGCCAGAAACCACAAACUUACCACUGAGGACCGGCUAUUAAUGGUUUUGAUGAGAAUUAGAGUUGGAUUGCUUGAAGAAGACCUGGCUUAUAGGUUUGGUAUUCAUCACACGACUGUGUCAAGAAUCUGCAGAACAUACUAUGACCUUAUGGCGACUCGAUUCCGCCAAGUCCCUAUCUGGCCAUCUAAGAGCUUAGUCCAGAGGGAAAUGCCAGAGUGUUUCAGGCAUGAAUACCCUACAACCCGUGUCAUCCUUGAUUGCACAGAGCUUUUCAUUGAAACUCCUUCGCACUUCCGUGUACAGGCCGAAACUUAUUCUUCGUACAAAAAUCACAACACUGCCAAAGGUCUCAUAGGUAUCUCACCAAAUGGUUUYAUAAGCUUUGUUUCUGAUUUGGUUCCUGGAAGAAUGUCAGACAAGGAAAUCACCUUAAAUAGUGGGCUGAUAGAUCACCUGAGUGAAGGGGACUCAGUUAUGGCAGACAGAGGUUUUGUGAUUGAUGAAUAUCUUGCCAAAAAAUCAGUUCAUCUCAACAUCCCACCUUUYAUGACAGGACGACAACUAUCUCCAUCUCAAGAAAGGGAAACAAGAAGAAUAGCCAGGGUUAGGAUUCAUGUUGAACGUGCAAUUGAAAGAAUUAAGAACUAUAGAAUCUUGAAUUUCACAUUUCCUAACUCAAUGGCUAAUGAUCUUAAUAAAAUAUGGGUUAUUUGUUGCUAUUUAGUGAAUUUUACAACCAACCCAAUUGCUUCAGAUAAAAACAGUACAAACAGCAAAGGCAGUUAA